GCUGCAGGAAUACCGGGCGCAGCUGAGCCCCGCGCACGACCGCCCGCUGCGGGGCUCCCUGGAACGCGUCAUCGGCAUCUUCCAGAGCAGCCUCUUCCACGCGCUCCUCGACAUUCAAGAAUUUUAUGAAGUGACCUUAUUGGAUAACCCCAAAUGUAUUGAUCAUUCAAAGCAGUCUGAACCAGUACGGCCUGUGAAUACUUGGGAAUUUUCCAGCCUUCCAAGUACGACUGUGACUACAGACACACUACCCAGCAGCCUUAGCCCCAGUGUAGAGAAAUAUCGAUAUCAAGAUGAAGACACUCCCCCCCAGGAACCCAGCUCUCCAAACAUCAGCAAUGAGGUGACAGGGCCUGAAUUGGUUCACAUCUCGGAGAAAAAUCUUUCAGAGAUAGAAAACGUCCAUGGAUUUGUUUCUCACUCUCAUAUUUCACCAGUGAAGUCCACAGAAGCUGCACCUCCCUCUCCUCCCAUUGUCCCUGUGGUCCCCGUCCUGCCCGUCUCUGCUGAGAAUACUGUCAUCCCGCCCACAACACCACAGGCAAACCCUCCUCCAGUGCUGGUCAACACAGAUAACUUGGAGCCUUCAACAUAUGUCAAUGGUACAGAUGCAGAUUAUGAAUAUGAAGAAAUUACACUGGAACGGGGUAAUUCAGGGCUUGGUUUUAGCAUUGCAGGGGGCACUGAUAACCCCCACAUUGGAGAUGACUCGAGUAUUUUCAUUACAAAAAUCAUUGCAGGGGGAGCAGCAGCACAGGAUGGAAGACUUCGGGUCAAUGAUUGUAUUCUGCGAGUAAAUGAAGUUGAUGUCCGGGAUGUGACCCACAGCAAAGCAGUUGAAGCCUUGAAGGAAGCAGGGUCAAUUGUGCGUCUGUACGUCAAAAGACGGAAGCCAGUGACAGAGAAGACGGUGGAGAUCAAACUUGUGAAAGGCCCCAAAGCAGGUCUUGGGUUCAGUAUAGCUGGCGGAGUUGGGAAUCAGCAUAUUCCUGGGGAUAACAGCAUCUACGUCACCAAAAUUAUUGAAGGGGGAGCAGCCCAUAAAGAUGGCAAACUACAGAUUGGAGAUAAACUUUUAGCAGUGAACAGUGUAUGCUUAGAAGAAGUGACUCAUGAAGAAGCUGUGACAGCCUUAAAAAACACAUCUGACUUUGUUUACCUGAGAGUAGCAAAACCCACCAGUAUGUACAUGAAUGAUGGCUGUGUUCCUCCCGAUGUCACCAAUUCUUAUUCACAACCUGUGGAUAAUCACAUUAAUCCACCUGCUUAUUUGGGCCAAACCCCAGCAUCCCCAACCAGAUAUUCCCCAGUUCCCAAAGGCAUGUCUGGAGAUGAUGAAAUUACUAGGGAACCAAGGAAAGUUGUUCUUCAUCGUGGCUCAACAGGCCUUGGUUUCAACAUUGUAGGAGGAGAAGAUGGAGAAGGAAUAUUUAUCUCCUUUAUCCUUGCUGGAGGGCCUGCUGAUCUUAGUGGAGAGCUACGGAAAGGAGACCGAAUCAUAUCGGUCAAUAGUGUCGAUCUCAGAACAGCCACACACGAGCAGGCGGCAGCAGCUCUGAAGAAUGCCGGCCAGGCUGUCACAAUCAUCGCGCAGUAUCGGCCUGAAGAAUAUAGUCGUUUUGAAGCAAAGAUCCAUGACUUACGGGAACAAAUGAUGAACAGCAGCAUCAGCUCCGGAUCAGGUUCCCUCAGAACCAGCCAGAAGCGAUCCCUCUAUGUCAGAGCCCUCUUUGAUUAUGACAAGACUAAAGACAGUGGCCUUCCUAGUCAAGGACUGAAUUUCAAAUUUGGAGACAUCCUCCAUGUUAUCAACGCUUCCGAUGAUGAAUGGUGGCAAGCCAGGCAGGUGACCCCAGACGGCGAGAGUGGUGAAAUCGGUGUGAUUCCCAGUAAACGAAGAGUCGAGAAGAAAGAACGAGCACGGUUAAAAACGGUGAAAUUCAAUUCUAAAACAAGAGGAGAUAAAGGGCAGUCACUCAAUGGCAAGCGUAAAAAGAACCUCUUUCCCCGAAAGUUCCCCUUCUACAAGAGCAAGGACCAGAGUGAGCAAGAAACCAGUGACCUUGACCAGCAUGUGACUUCUAAUGCCAGCGAUAGUGAAAGUAGUUACCGUGGUCAAGAAGAAUACGUCCUGUCCUAUGAGCCAGUGAAUCAGCAAGAAGUUAGUUAUACUCGACCCGUGAUCAUUUUGGGACCCAUGAAAGACAGAAUCAAUGAUGAUCUGAUCUCAGAAUUCCCUGACAAAUUUGGAUCCUGCGUUCCACACACAACUAGACCAAAGCGAGACUACGAGGUGGAUGGGAGAGAUUAUCACUUUGUAACCUCAAGGGAACAGAUGGAGAAGGACAUCCAAGACCACAAGUUCAUCGAAGCCGGGCAGUACAAUGGCCAUCUCUAUGGAACCAGCGUACAGUCUGUGCGCGAAGUUGCUGAAAAGGGUAAACAUUGCAUCCUUGACGUCUCGGGAAAUGCCAUAAAGAGGCUGCAGAUCGCCCAGCUCUACCCCAUCUCGGUUUUUAUCAAACCCAAAUCUGUGGAAAACAUCAUGGAAAUGAAUAAACGUCUGACCGAGGAACAAGCCCGGAAGACGCUGGAGAGAGCCAUGAAGCUGGAACAGGAAUUUACAGAGCAUUUCACAGCCAUCGUGCAGGGAGACACACUGGAAGACAUUUACAACCAAGUGAAGCAGAUCAUCGAAGAACAGGCGGGUCCUUCUAUCUGGGUCCCAGCCAAGGAGAAGCUGUGAGGACGAGCUUUCCGGCCAGCGCCGUGCCCUGCCCCCCCGCUCGGGGUUCUCUUCAGUGCCCGGCCUGCCCCGCGGGUCCCCCUGCUCUUUUCUGAAACACCUUCUAAACCGUUUUGUUCGCUCGUUUGUAUUCUCGUGUAUUCCCGUUUGGUCUGUUGCCAUUUUUCAGAACUGAAGACGGAAUGGCCCGACCAGCUAUCCAGGGUUCGGGGGGGCUGGGGAAAUUGGGGUCAAUCCCUUAAUGUUUAAGGGAAAGUAACUUUCAGAGAUUUUCAGAACAGCUUUAUAUACAGUCUUUUAAAAUUUCAUAACAAAUGAAAGAAAAAUGGUCUUAAUGAUUUAGGAAAUUGUGAGCAACUUGGCACAUGUACUCUACUAGCAUGGUUUGGCCAGUGCCGUGUUCCAGGUUUUUUUCUUCUGAAUUUGACUCCCCGUCAGAGCAGAUGGGCUGCUCUGUUCGUUUUACCAGGCAGUUCAGGAAAGCCUCUGCUUUGGGGUGACGUCUGCAUCCACUUUCAUAGUUUCACGAGGGACGUUUGUCUCUAGGGUUCCUUUCGAAGUCUCUCCUUUUGCCUUCUUUCCCCUUUUUAUUUUUUCCCCGAGACAAUUGCUAGGAAUAACACGUUAAAUGUUUUUAAUCUUGCUCGUAUCACACUGUUGACAGUGUCUCACAGCUGUGUUUCUAGCUAAGGAGCGCCCCGUUUUCCGAGUCGAGUCUGUGUUAGGUGCUAGGAAAGCUUGCCUUUUACCCAGAGGGCUCAUGAGUUCCCAGGUGUGAGGGCCGACCGUACGGCGUGGCCGAGGAACCCGCUUCAGAAAAUGACCAGCGUAUUCUCUGGGGUCAGAUUUUAACGAGUAUUUUACCCACGAUAACUGCCUAUUUUGUUAUAAUAAAAAUAUAUAUAUAUAUAUAUAUUAAACUUUCUUUAACUAAAACUCUGUAACUAUGGAAACUAUUUUCUUGACAUAGUUGCACACACACAUAUAUAUUUAAGAUAUAUAUAUAUUUUUCUUUUACCACCUAUUCCUAACUUUUUGUUUGGUUUUGAAAAUAAAUAUAAAUUAGAAUUGAUCUUCCUUAAUCAUGUGAAACGCAAACAGAGGUAUGUAUGAUUGGUUGUUGGGGAAAAUCUCGAGAAGGAAAUGAGUUGCAAGAAAAUGCUAUGAGCAUGUUCUCCUCUUUUCUACAAAAUGUUCCACUUGUUUGUUUUCUGCUUGCCCCCAAGCCUCCCUUUUCUGGGGGGGAACAAUCAGCAACAGAACUCAAGUUGGGUCUGCUUGCCGCUUCCUUUGCAGCUGGGAUCAGAGCUCCCGAGGCCUGGUGCUGUGCCCUCGACUCGUCGUCCAACACCAAGAUCACUCCAGGAACCAGCUCCUCUGAUCCUCCCUGUCCGUGUUGUCCCACAGCUGCCCGUUGCUCAUUUGGAGUUGGUUGGUUUUCUCUGUUUUCAGCAACUUCCUUGUUGUUUUUUCUCAGCCACAUGAGAGCUGGUUUGUAAAGAAUUCUCACUAUCCAUUCCAUUUACCAGAAAGGGGAGAACAGCUAAUAAACUUUAUUGUACAA